AUGUCCACCACUGAGGUCAGGAUGAUUCCAACUAUCACCAAAGCUGAACAUGAGCAUGAGAUGCAGGAAGUGAAAGGUGACCAGCUCAGUCUGACCGAGCACGAGGCCAUCUGGGAGGGGAACGGGGAGAAGGUGAAGCCCAUCGAGACCGCCCCCGUCGAAGCUUCUGUUCCCGCGGAAAAGUCUAGCUCUGCCGAUGAUGCUAAGGGCGAGUCCAAGACGAUCACCGUCGACCUUGCUGAUGUUACCCUCACCUCCGUCAAAGAAGACGAGCCUGGGAUGUCCAGCCUCUCCCAGGGUUCGAAGGUCACUUACCAAAAGGUCGAGGAAGGAUGGAUUCUUGUGAGCUUGGUCAAACCCUCGGACACCACCCCGAAGGUCGAGACAGCAGUCAAGUCUUCCAGGACAAGAUCCGCGGACCGAUCCAGGGUUGGCUCGUCAGCCUCGUCGGCUUCAAAGACGGAGGAGGCGAGCGUCAAGCCCAAGCCGAAGAAGGUCCGCACGGUCCAGUUCGCUGAGGGUACCACCUUGCCCAUCGUCGACGUCACGCCCAAGCCCGAGAAAAAGGUCAAGAAUGACGCCGUAGUCCAAGCCAAGGGACCUGUUCAGAUGGUUACCGACACCAUGCAGGUUCUGAAACGGUACGAGAACGAGUUUCUUGGAGCUCAAGCCAAGGUCCGCCAGUGGGAGCAGAAGAGAAUCAUGCUCACGAUCGCGGGGAUCUGUCGGGUGGUCGUCCUAACGCAAGGUGCGGUCAUGUUGGGCAUGUUGGCUGUUAUCUUGGCCAUGGUGUCAAAGGCUUGA